AUGGUGGACGAUUGGGGAACCGAUGAGACCGAGAGUGAAGCUGUGGUCACCGAUGAGAUCAAUGUCUGCGCGGACUUGAUCUCCAAACUCGAUGUUCAAACAUCUGUGCCUCUUCUAUUAGGGAUUCAGUUAUAUUCGGCCAUCGGUCGUUUUCGACGACAAACAGAGCUAAAUGAAAGCGAUUCAAUCCUUUUUAUGAAUCCAAUUACAACCGAUUCAAUCAACUCAUCGAAUAAGAGCUCAAACAUAUCAUGGGAUGAAAUCAACGAAACCUUUGAUAGAUAUUUAACAGAAGAAGAGGUGCAAAAUAAGUGGAAUUCAAUGGAAACUAAUCUAAAAUCUGGUGUGCGGACACUAUUGCGGUCGAUAUUCCCGAAGAUCGUGUCCAUGUCUUCUGACGCUAAAGUGAGCGGCAAUUGUUCGGCAGGAAUACUGAAAUGGAUCGUAAGCUUAAGGCAUCUCAAGAGUUGGGCCGUUAAGAAUAACGAGAUCAAUAUGAAAUAA